GUGAGGAAAGUACGGGAUAGUAUAGAAAUGGGACUGCAUUAACAUGGGGCCUGUUUACCUGAUAUGUACUAUCUACCUGGUGUUAUAUAGCGCUUAUGCGCUUCAUGGGCUCCAACAUGGUACUCACUCCUGCUAAAUGUGUAUACCUACCAUUAUAGCUAUUGCCUCAAAGGAUUUGGAGGCGUCAACUACCUACCUAAGCUAACAACCCCGAAUCUCGGGCUUCUAAGCGAAUCUCGCAAGCUCGGCUGAUAUAUUAGGUAAGGAGACAUAUAUAAAGCUUCAAGUUUGCCAGUUAGAAGGAGAUUCUAAAAUUUAUACCCCCAAUCUAGCAUAUCAAGCAUUUUACCUACCUGCUAUUGAAACAUCCCACUAGACAUCGACUUGAAGUUAGCCAGCCAUAACACAUCCUAAACCCAAAGAUGUCUGCACCACCAGUUCUCCUUUUCCUAGGGGCCGGCAAGGGGCUGGGCACCAAGGUCCCCGCCGUAUUCUCUGAAGCAGGAUACAAGAUUGCCGUCGUAUCGCGGACGCCGAAGGAGGAGUUCGAGAAGCGCGGGUAUUACCAAGUGCAGGCUGACUUCAACAACCCCGAGUCCAUUCCAGAGGUCUUUGCCAAGGUCAGGGAGAACGUGGGGAUCCCGACUGUCGUCGUAUACAAUGCCGUGCAGUACGCACUCGAUAACCCGGAGGACCCGUUCGCCUCCCUUGCACCGGAGAAUGUCUCGCGGUUCCUGUCCGCGGUGGCUGUCAACGGCACUACGCCCAUGAUCGCCAUCCAGCAUGCCAUCGAGUCGUUCCGGUCUCUCUCACCCGAGACGCCGGGAAAGGCCUUCAUCUUCACGGGGAACAUCCUGAAUCACAGCCAGUUCAAGAACAGGCUGUGCUUUGGCACGGGAAAGACCGUGGCCGCGUACGGGGUCAGAUAUGCGUCCGUUGCGUAUGCAAAGGAGGGGUUUAAGUUCUACUACGCCGAUGAACGCUCGGAGGAGGGCCUGCCGGUCAUGAGGGACAUCGAUGGGACGGUGGCUGGGAAAGAAUACUUGAAGAUUGCGGAGGCGCCGGAACAGCUCCCUUGGCUGUACACAUACACCAAGGAUAACGGCUACAAGGACUUUGGGGAGAAGGACUAUCUGAAAACGGUCGAUAGCAACGAGCCCCAGUUUAUCAAAGGGGGGCGGUAGUUAAAUGUUGGGUCGUAGGAUCUGGAAAGUUAUCAUGAGUUCCGACAUUUUAUCGUUGAUGUUCCCUGCCUCCAUUCUAGAAUGAGGUCGAUAAGAGCACCUAAAAUAUUAUUCAAUGAUAAUUUUUGGUGUAGUCCUGGCAAUGACGUAACUAGUAAAGCGAUGGUGACAUUGCU